GCCCUGCGCAUCAGCCCGCGCGCUCGCAGUUUCUCGCUCUCGCCCGCCCGCUCCCUAGCUUGCUCGCGCUUUUGCUCGCGCUCUCCUCGCGGAUCGAAGGGGCUCUGGCCACAGCCUGUGGUUGGGAAGGGCGACAGAGGCAGCGGCUCAGGAGAAACGAGGCUGCGGUGGUGGUGGUGGGAAGAUGUCGGGCGAGGACGAGCAACAGGAGCAGACUAUCGCCGAGGACCUGGUCGUGACCAAGUAUAAGAUGGGGGGCGACAUCGCCAACCUUUAUAACUUCUGAGGCACUUGGGAUUCCAGAUACCAGUUGGAAACUCUUUUGGGUCACAUACCUCAUUGAGAUCUGCUAAAAGCUAUAAGCCCAAGCUUGCUGAAGCCCAGAGACCUUAGGGGUACUUCGGUCUUUGGUGGAAGCUUCCUGUUCAGGUGUGUCGGUACUGAGCCUGUGCGAGAAAGGGGAUGCCAUGAUAAUGGAAGAGACAGGGAAAAUUUUCAAGAAAGAAAAAGAAAUGAAGAAAGGUAUUGCCUUUCCCACCAGCAUUUCAGUAAAUAACUGUGUAUGUCACUUCUCCCCUUUGAAGAGCGACCAGGACUAUAUUCUCAAGGAAGGUGACUUGGUAAAAAUUGACCUUGGGGUCCACGUGGAUGGCUUCAUCGCUAAUGUGGCUCACACUUUUGUGGUUGAUGUAGCUCUGGGAACCCAAGUAACAGGGCGGAAAGCAGAUGUCAUUAAGGCAGCUCACCUUUGUGCUGAGGCUGCCCUACGCCUUGUUAAACCUGGAAACCAGAACACACAAGUGACAGAAGCCUGGAACAAAGUUGCCCACUCAUUUAAUUGCACACCCAUAGAAGGUAUGCUGUCACACCAGUUAAAGCAGCACGUCAUCGAUGGAGAGAAAACCAUUAUCCAGAAUCCCACAGACCAGCAGAAGAAGGACCAUGAAAAAGCUGAAUUUGAGGUACAUGAAGUCUAUGCUGUGGAUGUUCUCGUCAGCUCAGGAGAGGGCAAGGCCAAGGAUGCAGGACAAAGAACCACCAUUUACAAACGAGACCCUUCUAAGCAGUACGGCCUGAAAAUGAAAACUUCACGUGCCUUCUUCAGUGAGGUCGAAAGACGUUUCGAUGCCAUGCCUUUUACUUUAAGAGCAUUUGAAGAUGAGAAGAAGGCCCGAAUGGGUGUGGUGGAGUGCGCCAAACAUGAACUGCUCCAACCAUUUAAUGUUCUCUAUGAGAAGGAGGGUGAAUUUGUCGCCCAGUUUAAAUUCACAGUUCUACUCAUGCCCAAUGGCCCCAUGCGGAUAACCAGUGGUCCCUUUGAGCCCGACCUUUACAAGUCCGAGAUGGAGGUCCAGGAUGCAGAGCUCAAGGCCCUCCUCCAGAGUUCUGCAAGUCGGAAAACCCAGAAAAAGAAAAAAAAGAAGGCCUCUAAGACUGCAGAGAAUGCCACCAGUGGGGAAACUUUAGAAGAGAAUGAAGCUGGGGACUGAGGUGGGUCCCAUCUCCCCAGCUUGCUACUCCUGCCUCAUCCCCUUCCCACCACACCCCAGGCUCUGUGAAGUGCAGUUCGUCUUCUCCACCCAGGACCGCCAGCAGAGCGGGGUCUCCCUGUCCUCCUCCCAGCCCCCAGCCCAGCCCCCUUCCAACAACAACCAGCUCCAACUGACUCUGGUCUUGGGAGGCCAGGCUUCCCAGCCACCGAAGACUACUUUAAAUAGAAAAGAGAAAUUGAAUAAUAAAAUCAGGAGUCAAAAUCCA